CCGCGGAGGGUCAGGGCGGCGGCUACGGUGGCCGGGGGGGGCGAGGAUGAUGAGGAUGAUGAUGGUGACGGCGCUGCGGCGCGGGGCGGGCGGCCCCGCCGGCGACGGCCGCCGCUGCAGCAGCGACCGGGCCCCGAGGAUCUACACGAAGACGGGGGAUGCAGGCUUCUCCAGCACCUUCACCGGGGAGCGGAGGCCGAAGGGCGACCGGAUCUUCCACGCCCUGGGAGCCACGGACGAACUGAGCUCGGCCAUCGGGCUUGCUGGCGAAUUCAGCAGGGAAAAGGGCCACACGUUUGUUGAACAGCUUCACAAAGUCCAGUGUAUGCUGCAGGAUGUGGGCUCCAACAUCGCGACGCCUCUCUCCUCAGCCAGGGAGGCUCACCUAAAGCGAACAUCUUUUAGCGAGAAGCCGGUUCUGGAGCUGGAGCAGUGGAUUGACAGUUACUCAGAGCAGCUUCCACCUCUCAGAGCUUUCAUCCUGCCCUCAGGAGGUAAAAGCAGUGCUGCUCUCCAUUUUUCCCGAGCUGUCUGCCGCAGAGCUGAAAGGUGCGUGGUUCCUUUGGUACAAGCAGGGGAAGCAGAUCCAAACGUGGCCAAAUACUUAAACAGACUGAGCGACUACCUCUUCGUUUUGGCACGUUACGCUGCAAUGAAGGAAGGGAAGGAAGAGAAAGUAUAUAUCAAGCCCGAACCAUAACUGGGAGCUGUAAUGUUUGUCUCCUUGAUCAUGGGAAACUAAACCCAGCAGACUGUUUUCCCUCAUCAAGGAAAGAGAACAAGCCUGGAUUGGAAACGUGAGCUGCCAAGAACUUCCAGCUUAACUAACUAGAACCAUGUUCAUAAAUACCAUGAGGAACACAGCUGUUCUGUUCGCUGAGCCUUGUCCAAAUACCCUUUGUUGAACACUGCGGUGAUGGCAUCAGAGGUGCUGUUUGCCCUGGGUUGGAGUUGAGGCAGGAGACUUCAAAGAACUGCAGCUGAUUUCUAGAGAUGUCUUCAUUUCCCUGGGCAGUGGCAGGUGCUGUGGAAAGGCUUUGACAGGGCUCUGAGGAAUGAAGAAGAGAAAACAAUCAGCUUCUCUUUGUAAGUCAUCAUGCUCGUACAGAACAGCAACUGUGUGGAGAUUCAGGAACUCUGUCCACAAGCUUUGAAAUAAUAAACGUGAUUUACUUGUA